GCGUAAGUAUCUACCUACGCGUGCUACGGCAGGAGCAACCCGAUCCGGGCGACUGUGCCGCGGGCCCAGGACCCGGCCGUACUUGCACACAUACAUAUACAUAUACAUAUACAUAUACAUAUACAUAUACAUAUCAGAUAUGUAUGUAUAAUCCGGCCGUACCCACAGUACGUACCCUCAGCCCUCAGCCGCAUACGCCGCAGAGCCGAACCAAGACCGCGCCGGACCAGCGGACGCAUGCGAGCGGGUCGUCUGCGGCGGCGCGGAGCCUUGUACAUAUGUGCUAGGUAUGUACUAUGUACGUAAUUAUGGCAGCGGGGACGGAUUAUGGAGUACUUAUGUACCCGAGUCCCAGGCAAGCAGGUUGGAGCGCGGGCGGGCGGGGCCGGGGCCGGGGCCGGUCCCGCAUGGAUGUAUGCGCGUCUGGUAUAGGCAGGCCGUGAGGCUAUAUUUACCACUGCGAUGGCUUUUUUUUUUUUUUUUUUUGGUUUUUGUUUUUGGCAACAGGCAGUGUAUGCUGGCGCAAUUUUUUUGCUGGGAAACUGCGGGGCCUGCGUUAAGUGCUGUGUGGUGCUUGUGCCUGGCUGGGAUGUGCGUGUGCGGAGUGCGGGGAGUGAAGGAAAAGAAAAAGGGAAGAGAAGGAAUGCUUUGUUGGGAUGUGUAUGUGGAGUGUGGGAUGUACACUACACACACACUCGUGCGGUGAAUCGGGAGCGGAGCUCGGGUCGGAAGGUCGGGAGAUGGAUAUCGUCGUCUGGCUUCGAUUCCAUGUCCAUGUCUUGUCUCGCG